CGAAGCCGGCGACAGAGGGAGCGGAACUUCCGCGUUCUUCGCUGCCGUCGGCGAUGAUCGUGGCCGCCGGUGCGCGCGCUCGCGUCGCCGUGUCCCGUGCGCAGUUCCCCCGGGAGAGAAGCGCGGCUAUGGAGGGCGAGCGCAGCGGCUCCAUUCAUUCGGCCGCCAUCGGCGAAGUGCACAGCGUGCCCAUGGAGGUCAUCAUUCGGCCCAUCCCCCCGGUGCUGGACGAGAACAAGGUGCAGAGCUUGAUGGACACGAUCCAGGACCCCGCGGAGGUCGGUCGCGUCCCCCCCAUCGACGUGCUGUGGAUCCAGGGCAGGAGGGGCGGUAACUACUACUACUCCUUUGGAGGGUGCCACAGGUUCGCAGCCUACCGGAGGCUCAACAUGGUAACCAUCCCGGCAAAGGUCAUAAAGUCCAACGCGGCAGACCUGCGCAUCUACCUGGGGGCUUCGACCCCUGACCUUGAGUGAGUGUCCAGUGAAACGAUACGCAAGGAAGACUCUGUUUCGGAACCAGUUGGUGUCGCGAACCAUCGUAAAGGAGGCCCGUGGUCCUUUCGCUUACUCGGCCUUAAGCAAGCAACUGGUGUUCAGCACUAUUUUUAAAAACAAAGUAUUUCUAUUGUGACCCUUCCUGUUGUACAGAUGGAUAUUAAUUGAAAAAUAUAUAUGAUCACUUUCUUCACUUGAAAAUAUAAUUCCUGGAAUGAAAUUACCAACAAUGAAAUAUCUUUUUUUAAGUAACUUUUUUACAGCACGUAUGAAAUGAUGCACAAAUAUUGUUCAGAACCUCAAUCCACUAUAAACACACACAUUGUCUGAACCGCUUGUCCCAUACGGGGUCGCGGGGAGCCGGAGCCCAACC